GAGGAGUUUAGAGAAAAAGCGAAGAAGCGGCCGCUUUGUGCUCAGAUUGACUUCAAAACAGCGUUAAAAGUCCGUAUUUGGACCCAUCCGGUCCGCUUAGCGUCCAGAACCAGCGCGGAUUUCAGUAGCGGUCAGUUUCGGGUUUUGUGAAGCUGAGUAAAGCCUGAGGCUCUGGACAGAGAUGAGUGACCUAGAACCGCCGACGUUUUCCUCUGUGGAAGAAGAGCGGGAUUACUGGAAGGAGCAGGCAGCCAACCACCAGCAGAGGGCUGAGGAGGUUCAGGAGGAGCUGCAGGAGUUCCAGCAGAUGAGUCGUGACUAUGAAGUGGAGCUGGAGACGGAGCUGAAGCAGUGCGAGACUCGAAACCGAGACCUGCUCACGGCCAACAACCGGCUACGCAUGGAGCUGGAAAACUACAAGGAGAAGUACGAGGCGCAGCACUCGGAGGCCUGCAGGCAGAUUUCUGCUCUGGAGGGAGACCUCGCAGAGACCACCGCCAUAAAGGACCAGUUACAGAAAUACAUCCGCGAGCUCGAGCAGGCCAACGAUGACCUGGAGAGAGCCAAAAGGGCCACCAUCAUGUCCCUUGAGGAUUUCGAGCAGAGGAUGAAUCACGUCAUCGAGCGAAACGCUUUCCUGGAAAGUGAACUGGAUGAGAAGGAGAAUCUGCUGGAGUCGGUGCAGAGGCUGAAAGACGAGGCCAGAGAUCUGAGGCAGGAAUUGGCCGUUAAACAGAAGCAGGAGCGUAAACCCUCCCUCAGUGUUUCCGUUGAUGGAGAGAAAGCAGAGACCCCAACCCGGACCCCUGGUGCCUCUCUCCUGACCACACCACCCAGACCCCCUGGCUCCAGCAGCGCCUUCCACACACCCCCAUCGUCCUACAGUCGAAUUGAAGGUCUAACCGGGACUCCGCUGACCACGUCUGCCCGGAUAUCUGCCCUCAACAUCGUCGGAGAGCUGCUGAGGAAAGUGGGGAAUUUAGAGUCAAAGCUGGCAUCGUGUCGUGAGUUACACGUGCAGGACAGAACGCCGAGCCGCUCGCUGAUCACCCAGAGCGCACAGACAGCGUCACGGGAGACGAUAGAGAACCAGUCCAACGGCAACGGCCUCUACGACAAGGGGAUGGUGAAGCGGCUGGACUUCAGUCAGGGAUCUAAGAUCGUGCUGUGAAUGAGUCCGUCGGCCCCCCGGCUCGGACCCCCUCCUGCACACAGUAUUAACCACCAACGUCUCUUAAUGCACAAUAACACAUUCGUUUUAAUGAACUGAUGUGUGGCUAUCGCUAACUCUCCAUGUCCCUCUUCCUGCUGGCCCUGCAGUACGAAGGGUGUUUGGACCACAUGAACGUUUCCCUGCUUUAUUACUACUGUCAGAGCAGCACUGCUGACUCAGAGUCUUUGUCCUGCGUUGCUGUGUAUAUAUUUACGGCCUAUUUUUGUCCGCUGACUCUGUCUCUAACACUGGGCUCGAGUUAACUCGCUUCUGCUUAGAUGUCUGUUUGUCUAUCAGGUGAUAUAUUUGGUCUGAUGUUUUCUUUUCUUUGUGUUUCCUGCAACUUGAUGCCUUUAUGAUGAGGCCAAAGAUGGUGUGCGGUGGGUGAUGACUAUACGUUUACUGAAUGGCUUGGCAGGUGGAAAUGAUCGAACACGGUGAGGUCAGGAUGUUAGAAUAGUCAAGUAAUCAUGAAAGUUUAAAAAUGAGGGUGUAAAUCAGCUUCUGUGUAAUGUUAUACAUUUCCAGCUCUUGCAUAUGAGCUGUGUGAACUCUAAACACCACUAGAGGGCAGUGUAGAGCCUGCUUCUUACCUUCUGAUCAGAGUUUUAUCAGAGCUGGUUUAUGAGGAGCCAGGCCACUUAUUUCCACUGUUAUAUCAAAAACAGGACUGCUGAACAGCAGAGGGCGCCCGCGAGCGAGUCCUCAAUGAAUGGGACUAAAUGGAGCUCAAUGGCUUAAAAACAAGAAGUUAAAAUAGUUUCUAAUCACUGAACCAGAACUUUCCUUUAAUUUUAGAAAUUUGAAGAAUGAGUUUCACUAAAAAAGUAGAGAAAUCUCACCUGUAUGUUUCCUUUUUCUACAGCAAACAGGUUUUGGGCGGCAGGACGUUAACAUUACUGCUGCUGAGUGCUGAUUGGUUGG